UUGUCAGCUGGUUGGUUAGAUUAAGUGACAUUCAGUCUAACAGUUGUAUCACGUGUGGGCAUGGACUACAUGUGCACUUUCACUUACGUUCAGGUAGUGACUUCAACAGGAUUUUAAAUUGUGCUGCGACCUUGAUUAACAUCUCACUUCUAUUGUUAAAUACCUGAAGCAGGUUGACCUGAAUAGCUUAAUGUACAAGUGUUGAAAAUGCCAAGGUGUUGUAUUUAAUAACAUGUGGAGCUAUCGCACCUCGUCCACCGGGUCUAUGUGUGUGAAUCCACCAGAAAAUGAAAUCUUACCAUUUCUACCAUCAGAAUGGAAAGAAGGUUGGAAAAAGGAAGAAGAUGUCCCUGGCAACGAGGCAGUACCCCCAGAUUCUGGCAGUACAUCAGAUGACUUGGAUCAUGUCCUGAGGAGAGUGGUAAAUUUGAACCCAAUUGAUAACCAGCAACCUGUGUCUUAUGCCAGCAACAAAAUAUGCACUGCAAAGUACAACAUUCUGUCUUUCAUUCCAAAGUUUCUAUUUGAGCAGUCCAGGAAAUAUGCCAAUAUUUUCUUUUUGAUGAUAGCUUUAUUGCAACAAAUUCCCAAUGUGUCCCCCACAGGUCGCUACACUACAGCACUUCCACUGCUUUUCAUUUUAUCUGUAUCUGCAGUCAAAGAGAUCUUUGAAGAUUUUAAGAGGCAUAAAGCUGAUGGGCAGGUGAACAACAGAAAAGUAUGGGUGUUAAGACGCCAUGACUGGCAGUUGAUCAAAUGGACCGAUGUUGUGGUGGGGGACUUUGUCAAGGUGGUCAGUGGGGAGUUCUUCCCAACAGAUCUAGUCUUAUUAUCUUCAAGUGAGCCUCAAGGUAUGUGUUAUGUGGAGACGUCCAACCUGGAUGGAGAAACAAAUUUAAAGAUAAGACAGGCUCUGCCACAGACAGCCAAGUUGCUGACCAGUGCUGAUAUUCUGUCCCUCUCUGGAACUGUGGAGUGUGAGACCCCAAACAGGCACCUGUAUGAGUUUGUGGGGAACAUCAGACCUUCUGGAAGGCUGGCCUAUCCCCUGGGUCCAGACCAGUUGUUACUACGAGGUGCUGUGCUGAGAAAUACCAAGUGGAUAUAUGGUCUGGCGGUGUACACAGGUCAUGAGACCAAGUUAAUGCUCAACUCUACUGCAGGUGCUCCUCUGAAACGCUCUCAUGUAGAAAAAGUCACCAACUAUCAAAUUGUAGUCCUUUUCCUCAUCUUGCUGUUUAUGUCAGGAUUCAGUGCAGCAGCCAAUGAAAUAUGGACCAGUGGCAGGGACAAGAAAGAUUGGUAUCUAGCCUUCAAAGAAAUGGCACCCAGCAACUUUGGCUACAACUUCCUUACCUUCAUCAUAUUAUACAACAACCUCAUUCCCAUCAGUCUUCAAGUGACAAUUGAGUGUGUCAAGUUCAUCCAAGCUAUUUUUAUAAAUUGGGAUAUAGAUAUGUACUAUGCUCCCACUGAUACCCCAGCCAUUGCAAGAACAUCAAAUCUCAAUGAGGAAUUAGGACAGGUGAAGUAUGUUUUCUCUGAUAAGACAGGCACCCUCACAAGAAAUGUGAUGGUGUUCAAGAGAUGCAGCAUUGCUGGGGUUAUGUAUGGUCAACAUGAUGCUGAUGACACAGAUGUGUUUGAUCCAACUCUGAUACAAAACUUGAAAAGUAACCAUGUGUCAGCGAAAGUGAUAUCAGACUUUCUGUCCCUGCUGGCAGUGUGUCACACAGUCAUCCCUGAGGUAGAUCCAAAUGAUGAGAGGAAUAUUAUAUACCAGGCCUCCUCUCCAG